CUAGGGUGCCGGCGUUACCCCGCCAGCUGGGGGGUCGCCUGUGGAUGUCGCGGCGGGAGAAGGCACUGGGAGGCCUGCAGGACCCUGUGGGGUUGGAGGAAGAGCUGUGUUUCCUGUGCGUCCCCUUUGUGUGGAGCACGGCUGCGUGUGGGGAGCAGGCGUGGCCGGAGGAACGGGUGUGCAUUUCCGCGCUUCUCGGCCGCCGGCGGGAGCAGGGCAGCGGCAGUGCGGCUCGGCUCUGCAGAGAGGUAGCCCGGCCCCGGUGGCUGGCCGCGUCUGCCGCGGGGAAGUUCCGGGAGUGUUGCCACGCUGUGUCCAUGGACUAGCCGAGGCAGCGGAGGGAACCUCGGUUACGCCGACCGCCGUCUCACCUCCCCUGCCCAACUUGGCGAAACUUAGCGAGUAAGCAGGCUGCUGCCCCUGACGCUGUGCUAUAGAAAAUGCACUAUUAUCGAUAUUCUAAUGCAGAAGUCAGCUGUUGGUACAAAUACCUGCUCUUCAGCUACAACAUUGUCUUCUGGCUAGCUGGGGUGGCCUUCCUUGCAGCUGGUCUGUGGGCAUGGAGUGAAAAGGGUGUAUUGUCUGAUCUGACAAAGGUAACUGGUCUUCAUGGUCUGGACCCAGUGUUGCUUGUGUUAGUGGUUGGAAUAGUGAUGUUUACUUUGGGAUUUGCUGGUUGUGUAGGAGCGCUGAGAGAAAACAUCUGCCUUCUGAAGUUUUUCUGUGGAGCAAUUGUGUUUAUAUUCCUGCUGGAGGUGGCAGUGGCAGUUCUGGCUUUCCUGUUCCAGGACUGGGUGAGGGACAGGGUCAAAGAAUUCUUUGAGAACAAUAUUAAAUCCUACCGAGAUGAUAUUGACCUCCAGAACCUCAUUGAUUCGCUGCAGAAAAUUAACCAUUGCUGUGGUGCCCAAGGGCCAGAUGACUGGGACUUUAACAUAUAUUUUAACUGCAGCAGUGAAAGCAAAAGUCGUGAGAAGUGUGGUGUUCCUUUUUCCUGUUGUAUACCUGAUCCUGCACAAAAAGUUGUGAAUACGCAGUGUGGCUAUGAUAUCAGAAAGAAGAGCAAGAGUCAAUGGGAUGAUCAGAUUUUUGUCAAAGGAUGUAUUCUUGCCCUUGAGGCUUGGUUACCCCGAAAUAUCUACAUUGUUGCAGGUGUCUUCAUAGCUAUCUCACUGCUCCAGAUUUUUGGUAUUUUCCUAGCCAGGACAUUGAUAUCUGACAUUGAAGCUGUAAAGGCAGGUAAUGCCUUUUGAAUAUAAAAGAAAAAAAAAAAGUGUAUUUUAUAGUUACUGGUUGGACACCAAGGAGGAAGAAAUACACAGGCCAUGAAAUACUCCUGCUAAAAGCCUUAUAUGGAUUUUGCCCAGCUCAUGCUUUUUUGUUGGAAGCUGGUACAAAAGCAAGAUCUCAGAACACACACCUGUCUACCCUUUUUUCUGACAAAAUGACUCAGUGCCAGCAUUGAUCUCUGAGGAAGAAAUGGAAUUUCUCAAGAUAUUGGUGGAACAGAUUUUGAGGAUUGUAGCAACAAGUCAUGAAACUGCUGUAAACUCUUUCCUUGAAAGAUUACUGUGAAGACUCUUCUGUUUUCUCUCCCAGCUGUCAUCAAUCUCAAAAUGUAAUCUUUUAGAAAAGUGUGCUGAUUUCUUCAGAAUGUUGAAAUCAUUUUAAUGUCUACAGUAGACUCAUGCCGUCAUUUUUGGCAAGGUACCCAGCAACCAUAACUGUAAUGGUAUUGGAAGUUGGAAAAAGAAAAAAGUCCUGAAUUGUCUAGAUCUUUAAAUGAUUUUCAGUUGUACAGAAGCAAGGGUAUUUCUGUUUGACUGGGAAUUGCAUAGAUGUCUCAGGAGCAGGAACCUUGUGCUCAGCAUCAGAGUUUGAGUAACCCAUGCUGUUUUGAAAAUGCAAGCCCUUCUUCCAGAGAGGAAAAAUCUUACUAUCUGUAGCAUUAGAUGUUAGAAAUCUCCAUUUCAGGCAGGGGGUGUGAAUCCUUGAUGCUGUUUCCUGUCUAAAAGAUUUUAAAUAUUCUUUAUCUAUAGAGAGAAAAAACUCCUUAAAAAUGCUUAGCUUUUUAUUGAUUGGUAAUAUCAUUUAAAAGUUCUGUCUGCAGAAAUUUCAAAAUGCAACUUGCUUCAGUAGGUAGCAACCAUGAUAUGCUAUGAACCCCAUGUUCAUGGGUUUUUGCCCUUUCCUCCAUUUUUUCUUACAACUGCUAUAUUGAUCUUCAGAAGUCCUAACUGUUAAUGUCAGGACUGAUGGAAAACAUUUAAACUCAGCAUUGAUCCUUACUGAAAUCUGUUUUUUUCAUGAUAAAAUACGUAUUUACUAAAAGAUUAGAGUUGUUGAAUUUUUUUAAUCUUCUGUAAAGCUAUUGAAUUGUCAGUUCUGCUUGUAUUCUGAUACACAGUUCAAAUGCUAGUCACAGUAGUGAUCCAGAAUGAUUUCUUCACAGUAAUCUUCUACAUCAAACUUAACUACUGCUGAAGUAAUUUUAUUUUUUUUUCACCUUAUUUUUAUGAGAAGAAAACUACUAUCUCUUUCCCAUCAUCCCUUCUUGGGGUUUCAAUAGAUGGAUCUGUAGUUCAGUAGGAGUUCCAGUCUUCUGUAAAAGAUUUUGGCAUAGUAUUUUUAACUUUAAGAUAGAAUUAUGUGACUGAAAAGUUCUUGGAAGUAGCUGUCAGGUUUGCUGUGGGCCAUAUAACUAACAUUGUUUACUCUUCCAGUGACACCCAAUUUUUUCAGGAAGAGCAGAUUUAUUUACAGUGCCUAACACUGUGUAAAUUUUAAAGAAAGUAUAUAUUUUUAUAGUAUUUUACUACACGUAGCCUGCCUGAAGGAUUUAAUACUUGUAUUUCCAAAGUAUAUAGCUUUUUUAGGAAGCCAAACUUUUAAAUCUCUCUCCAAUGUCCUUUUUUCUAUUAUGCAUGUAUCAACAAACAUUUCACUGGCAAAAGCUGAUCAACAGUAAGGAUCUUAGUAUCUGUACUGAUUGUCAAGAUACCCUUCCAGCUUUUAAUUUCUGAAGCACUUCACAGACAGUGCUAUGCUUCUCAUGUAAAUCAGUUCAGCUUUCACAGAUCUUUUUCUGGCUUGUGAUUGAGACACAACAGGAAAAGGAAGCUUGUCUAAGGAUGGCUGAUUUCCCUACAUUAGCAGAGAGCACUGCUAUUAGUCAUCUGAAAACAUUAAAGAAAAUGCUAGAAGUGCACUGUCAUUUAUUUUUAUUUAGCUUUGAUAUACAACAAGAAAACAGUAGCAGUAGAUCACUGAGGGGAAAGCAAGAAGCAGUUCUUCUGUAGAGCCUUGAAUUUGAGGUCUGUGUUACUUAUUUUGUUAAAUCUAGUCUAUUAGGAGCAGGCAAAAAAUUGCUGCUGUUAUUGCUGCUUUGCAAGCAACAAAGCCAUGUCCAGCAACCUUUGCUUUGAACUGGUGCUUGAAACUUUACAACACCUCAUCAACCAAUUUAUUCUGUUAAGGCUAUGAGUAAUAAUCUGAUGUGUAUAAAAAUUGAGAAGGAUGUUUUCUAUUUGUAACUUUUUAUUCAUAAAACAUUGCCUUGAAAAUUGCAUAUAGGGAGCAUGUUUCCCUUUGCCAAUUUUUGGCACAGAAAGCUCCUAAUGCUGUGAAGUAAUUUCAGCAGUUGGUAAAAAUCAACAUGGUGUCUCAAAGAUACCUGUGGAAUUCAUGCACUGAAAUUAGCUACUGACAAGAACCAGCAUCACAGAUCAGAAUUCUAGUGUCUGCAAAUCUUGCCAGAUUGCCUGUAGACAAAUGAAUACUUGGUUUCAUUUUGAAGUACUGUUUGUAUGCAAAACAGAUUUAAUGGAAGUGUUGUCUUUCCA